AUGCUUCAGCUCCCCCUCGCCACCAAGGCCGGCCAGGAGCAAAGAAAAGGCAUACCUUGCAGCUCCGUGAAGAAACCCCACCUUGCCUCCACGGCCGGCCAGGGGAACGUCGGCAGAGCUGCCGGGAUAGAGAUGAGAACCCGCCUCCGCAGCUUCGUUGAAGAAGAAGACGGCGCUGCUUCUUACCCCUUCUCCCUCCAACCACCGGAGCAGAGAGAGGCCCAGGCCGCGCUCCCCCCGCCGCUCCCGGCCGCCGCGCGCGCGCCCGGCCCGCGAUUGGCCGCCGCACCCGGGCUUGCGCCGGCCGCCGCGCCCCGACCCGCUCCCCGGCCGCCGCGCCGCCUCCUCGUCGCCCCGGCGCGCGCCCCGAACACCGCGCCCGCCUCCUCGUCGCCCCGGCGCGCGCCCGCCUCCGUGCCCGGCCGCCGCGCCCGCCUUUGCUCCCGGCCGCCGCGCCCACCUCCACACCCGCCCCGCUCCGACCAUGCCCAGGCCGGCGCCGCCGCGCCCGACCCGCCCGACCUGCCCAGCCCCAAGCCGCGCCGCCCAGCCCCGCGCGCCGCCACCUUGCUAGCUAUGUCCGCCGCCGACGAGAUUCCGGCGCUCCCCGACGACGGCGCCGCCCCUCCACGGUCCGCGCCGAUGAGACGAGGCGAACGCGCCUAA